UGGCAUAAGGAAAGGGAUCCUCUUUUAUCACUAUGUAAAUGGCCGUGGCUUCUUUUGUGGGAACCGCAAGCAGAAAGUGAUCCAUGCUAAUGAUUAUUGUUGGCAUAUAUGAUUGCUGGUUAAGCUUUUUCUCUCUUCGAGAUCUAUAAAGUUCAAAUUUUUACCUUAGCGUAUGAUCCAAAGCCACUGGGCAAGACACGGUGAGGUGAAGACGCCAUGGUAGGUAGUGCUGGUCAUAGCAAUCUUAAGAAUGCUCUCAUAGCAUUCUUAGUUCCUCUUCCCUCGAUUCUUUUCUAUCUUUCAUUCCUUAAGAACUAUGAAUAUGCAAUUCGCAUCGAUUCUGUCCCCAUUCUCUGGGCUUGGUGCUAUCAUCAUCCUCUGUUAUUGGCCAAUGUACUCUUCUUCUUCAACGUCAAUGUCCUCUUCUGGAUCAUCGGCCUACUCCAAUCGAGCCACUGGAUGAUUGACCCGUAUUGGACAGUGAUACCGGUGAUGCUUGUUCAUUACUACGCGACUCAUCCUUUGGCUGAAUAUAAUUGGUGGAGGUCGAGGAUCGCGAUCUUGUUGACUUGGGUUUGGAGUAUUAGGCUCAGCCAUAACUACUUCAGGCGAGAAAAGUGGCAAUGGGGUGCCAGAGAGGAUUGGCGCUUCACCAAUUUGAGCCAUCAGUAUGGAAAGCAUUGGUGGUGGGCUUCUUUCUUCGCCGUCUACGUCCCUCAGCAGGUUUUUAUAAUUGCAUUAUCCCUUCCAUUCUAUGUUGUUCAUACGAUGAAGCAGCCUCUGAGCAUCUGGGACUUGGUAGCCAUUGUUGCCUGUGUAUGUGGCAUUGUCAUAGCUUACUUUGCUGAUACACAGCUCUAUGACUUUGUGAGUAGCAACGACAAGCUGAAGGGGCUAGGUAAACCUGUGGUCCCUGUGCUUGACAGUGGUCUGUGGUAUUACUCCCGGCAUCCGAAUUACUUUGGAGAGCAGCUAUGGUGGUGGGGACUAGGUUUUUUUGCUUGGAACCUGGGACAAGGAUGGGCCUUUGUUGGGGCAUUAGUAAAUACCAUGUGUUUGGCUUAUGUGACUACGCUUGUUGAAGACCGCAUGGUUAAGCAAGCUAACAGAGCAGAAGCGUUUAGGCUGUAUCAGAAGAAAACUUCGGUAUGGGUCCCUUGGUUCAAGUCCUCUGCUUUGGGAGAAAAAGAUAAGGACUCUUGAUCUUUGGUUUGUUGGUUAUAACUGUACAAGUACCGUCUUGGUGUCUUUUGAAGUUUGUCUGCUGUAGUUCUCUGUCGUUUAUCUGAUUUGAGGAAGUUCUGAGUUGUAACGAUGAUAGCUUUAUGGAUCAUAGAGUUGUUGCAUUAUAAUUGUGUGCAUCUCCAACAUUAGUUAGACCGUAUGAUUGGAUCUAGUAGAAUAAAUUACAUGAUAUUAUGAAUAUUAAGAAUCAUGUGAAUGUCCAUCUCCCUUGUCUCUUCAUCUUUCUAUGAAACUCUCACCAUCAUGAGUGUUAAUUAUGCUUUAUUUGCCAUUAUCGUUUGUGUAACCCUUAAUAUAAGUCCAUGCUUAUAAAUAGGGCAUGUCAUUUGUAUUGUAAAUAUGGAAGGGAAUACAAGAGAGGUUAUCCUUA